UUUUUGUGACUAUUUUGCAAGGCUCUGCAAACUAUAGAAAAAUGGGUCUGGGCCGGAGGGCGGGGAAGAAGAGGAAUUGCUUGACUGGGAAAUGAUUGAACUUGUAGAGCUAGGAAGAAAGAGGGUUUGAGGCUCCAUGCCCUUUUCCUUUUAAAGCUGUAAGUGCCAUGUGCGUAUUUAUUCUGAUUUGGUAGUGUUUUACACCCACUUUGCACUGGAGUAAAUGGUGACACAAUGUGCAGGGGAUAAAGAAUCAGGCCCAGAGAGUUUCGGAGGAUAGAAAUAAAUCAGUGAGAUUCACCAUUGUCCUGCCAGCCUUGGGGAGAGAGAGGGACUUAGACAAGUGGCUAUUCAGCUCCUCCUUAUUCUAGCCUCACUGAUCCAUCACAAAGACUGAACAGAGGCAAAAGCAUAGAGACUGCUCUGGUCACAGCAAUGCUGCUGUUACAGACCAGGCUCUGCCACUGAGUUUGGGAUGAAUUGGUAACAUUGUGAUUGAGAAUCCUAGGAGGGACGGUAUGGCAAAGACCUAUUAGAUCAGCGGAUUCAUGCCUCAGCCAAUGCAGGAUUGUUCCCUGACCAGGACAUGGUGUGGUUGUGGCAGGCAGUAGCAUCAGCCGAGAGAGGAGCGGAGCAUUGAUUAAGAGAGCGAGGGGGGAAGGGAGAGUGUCUUACACACACAUUAUCCACAUGCACACAGCAUCAGCAUCAACGGCUUCUGCCAGCCAGUACAGCACAGCCAGACUGCAAUCACUGCCUCGGUACCUCCAGAGCUGCUCUCCUCCUCCUCCUCCUCCUCCUCCUCCUCUCCCCUGGUCUGUCUUUCUCUUCCUCGCUUACUCUCACUGAGCUCCCCAUCAGCCCCUGCAGGACCCGUCCACUCGCCAUUUGGGCCCCACCAGCACGGAGACAAUGAAUUCAUGCGGAUUAUGCAUCUGAAGGAAUAACAAGCUUCUGAAUAGCCACAAGGGGAGGUAUCCAUGUGUUUGGCAGGGAUACAGACGCCUGCUCGCUUGCUCGCUCUCUUUCUCAAUCGCUCUUCUCUCCCUUCAGCUGCCUCCUUUCCAGCUAUGAUCUCCUUUGAUUUCCCUGAGCAGCUGCAGUGAACAGGCUCCUUGGUGCAGCCCAGAUUCCACAGGAUCGCACCUUCCCUCCUAAGAUACCUGAGGGACAGCGAGAGGUGGAAGGAGGUCCACCCUAGUGCAAGGACCUCUCUUCUUUGCUGCUGGGACCAGCCUUACAGGAGCAGUGUGGACCCAGCCCUGGACACUGACCCUGCCUUCAGAGUGGCCCGCUCUGUAUCUCAGCCCUGACUAUGAUGGACCUGAAAGUGGACGAGGAGGAAGUGGAGAAUGGCCAUCCAGUCAGUAUCCAGGCCUUUGCCAGUAGCUCCACUCUGCAUGGCCUGUCCCACAUCAUCUCCUAUGAGAGGUUCUCCUUCAAGCGCAUCAUCUGGACUCUCUGCUUCCUGGGCUCUGUGGCCCUGUUGGCCUAUGUCUGCACGGAGAGGAUCCAAUACUACUUCCUCUACCCUCAUGUCACCAAGCUGGAUGAAGUGGCCACAACCAGGUUGACCUUCCCUGCUGUCACUUUCUGCAACCUCAAUGAAUUCCGCUUCAGCCGUGUAACAAAGAAUGACCUGUACCAUGCUGGGGAGCUCCUUGCUCUGCUCAAUAACAGGUAUGAGAUCCCAGACACCCAGAUGGCCGAUGAGAAGCAGCUGGAGAUCCUACAAGAUAAGGCCAACUUCCGAAACUUCAAGCCAAAGCCCUUCAACAUGCUGGAGUUUUAUGAUCGGGCUGGCCAUGAUAUCCGGGAGAUGCUGCUGUCCUGCUUCUUCCGUGGAGCGGUAUGCAACCCAGAGGACUUCAAAGUGGUCUUCACGCGCUAUGGCAAGUGCUACACAUUCAACUCCGGACAGGACGGGAAGCCCCGGCGCAUCACCAUGAAGGGUGGCACUGGCAAUGGCCUGGAGAUCAUGCUGGACAUUCAGCAAGACGAGUACCUGCCUGUCUGGGGGGAAACAGAUGAGACCUCGUUUGAAGCUGGGAUAAAAGUGCAGAUUCACAGCCAGGAUGAACCUCCCUUAAUUGACCAGCUGGGCUUUGGGGUAGCGCCUGGAUUCCAGACCUUUGUGUCCUGCCAAGAGCAGCGGCUGAUCUACCUUCCCCCGCCCUGGGGUAACUGCCAGUCCAUAACCAGAGACUCUGAGUUCUACGACACCUACAGCAUCGCAGCCUGUCGCAUUGACUGUGAGACCCGCUACCUGGUGGAGAACUGCAACUGCCGCAUGGUGCACAUGCGAGGUGACGCCCCCUAUUGCACCCCCGAGCAGUACAAGGAGUGCGCGGACCCGGCCUUAGAUGAUUUCCUGCUGGAGAAGGACAAUGAUUACUGUGUCUGUGAGAUGCCCUGCAAUGUCACCCGCUUUGGCAAGGAGCUGUCCAUGGUGAAAAUCCCCAGCAAGGCCUCAGCCAAGUACCUGGCCAAGAAAUACAACAAGUCGGAGCAGUACAUUGGGGAGAACUUUCUGGUGCUGGAUAUCUUCUUUGAAGCCCUGAACUAUGAGACAAUUGAGCAGAAGAAGGCCUAUGAGGUGGCUGGCUUGCUGGGCGACAUUGGUGGGCAGAUGGGGCUGUUCAUUGGGGCCAGCAUCCUGACCGUGCUGGAGCUGUUCGAUUAUGCCUAUGAGGUCAUAAAGUACAAGCUGUGUCGCCGGGCCAAGUGCCAAAAGAAUCACAAAAGGAACAACACAGACAAGGGCGUCGCCCUGAGCAUGGAUGAUGUGAAACGCCAUAAUCCCUGUGAGAGCCUAAGGGGCCACCCAGCCGGGAUGACGUAUGCAGCCAACAUCCUACCUCACCACCCGGCCCGGGGCACGUUUGAGGACUUCACCUGCUAACUGACGUCCGGAUGUACAACAUACACUACCAAAGCCCUCCGGAGAGCGGCCCCUGUCCCUGGGGGGUGUCCAUGGAGGGGACACACCUAGGGGCCCUUGCUCCUCGCCAUAGUGGGACAUUAACAAGAGUGAUGGCCUCAGGUUUAGGGCCAGGUGGCAGGCGGUUGGGUUGGUUUCUGACCCUGGAUACAGACUCAGCGCCAGCUGCUCCCCCACCUCCCCAUAGUUUAGAGACUUUUGGACAUUCUGGUCCCACCCCCACAACUCUGACUCUGCAGCCUGUGCUGGAGCUACACACGGACUGGACUGCACCACAGGACCUGGCCUGCUCCUCCUUGGCUCCUCAGUUUGUUUUUAACUAAAAAGAGAAAGGAGCCCAGAAGAAUCAGCUCUUUGGCUGCAGUCACACUGGGGGAAGUAACCCCUCUCCCAUGUUCCCCAUUCCUGUCCAUUUACCUGGUUUCCAUGUCUAUCCCGCAUCCACGCAUCACACUAGAGAGAGACUUGGUGGGGGGGAGGGUUAUGAGUGAGCACGGGGAGGCCUGGUCCCUGCGCUCAGCUUGCGCCAGCUCUCCACAGAGCAGGGGAAUCACCUCCAUAAAGGUGGGAGCCCCCGGGGCCUGUCCUCUGAGCCAGGGACCCCACUGCUAUGGCAGCAUGUUUGCCUGGGCCCCUCUUUCAGCAUUUCACCCCCAGUGGGGAUGGGAGGGGCUGAUGGUGAGAGCUGGAUCCCGGAAGCUUCUGCUGUGUGUCCCAUGUGCACUGCAGCCGAUUCAGCAGCCACAGUCUUGCUCUGAAUUUAGUCCCCUGCCCCUGGCACUGAGUCUCUGAGCACGAUGGUCCCUGGGAGCCUUCCCUGGCUGUGGGUUCAGCUCAAGGGCAGAUGCCUCCAGGUCUCCCCGGCUCCUGUCCCCUCCAACAUGACCACGAUUGGUGCUCUGUGGACUGACUGGGGUAAUGAUAGCCCCACCUGUGAGCAAGCACAGCCGUCUUCCUCCCUUCACCAUCACCCUCCUCCACAUGCCCCACCCCCAGAGAAGUCUCCUGCCCAAACUCUCACAUCUGCAACCUACACAAUCCAGAGGCGUCCAGAGAGGCCGCUGUGUGUGGACAGUGCCAAAGACUGUAACUUGGGGUGGGGGAGGGGAAUGAGGCCCGAACAGUAGCCAUGCUGCAGGGUCAAGGAGGACUUUCCAAAAACCCUAAGAGGCCUCAGCCUCCUUUUCCCCUAAGGCAGAAGCCUCAUAGCUAAUGGGGCACAUAAAGGGAAGAAUCCCCCUCAGGCCCAUAAGCCCCAGCUGUUGAACAGUCCUUUCCAGAUAAGCCUGCCAAGCCAGGCAGUUGGGGCUGGAUGUGCUAUGGGAAGCACUCGGGUCAGCAUGACAGGCAGAGGAAAUGCUGAUGGAUGAAGCUCACACUGAUCAUGCUGCCACUUCCCAUGCAGGUGGGAUCGGCCAGGAAGGGGAGCCUGCCCGAGACAGCCCACACUCCAGAGCUGCAUUAUGGAUAGUCAGACCCAGGGGUUUUCUGGGGGGAGCCAUGCCUCCCUAAAAGGCACCUGUCCGGCUUUCCCAGGCCAGUCACACGUCCUCCAGGCAGGUGCUGUCCCAAGAAAUGUAGGUCUUUGCAUUCCCACCUGCCAUGGAGUCACCUGGAAGCCAGGCAUCCUCUGGAACAGCCUGAUGCCAGGGAAGCCUGUGGCUCAGAGCUGGCUGGGGAAGCUGAUGCCCAUGGGCUGAGCUAACUUCCCAUGGAAGGAGGCUUCCAGCAGGACAGAUCCUGUCCACACGACCCUGCUUGUGCCCUCAGCUCUGCCAAUAUCAGCUGAGCCAAGCCCUCCACCAAGCAGAACCCUCUGGGGACUCACAGACACCCAGCCUUUGGAAAUGAUCCACAGACACUCCCCCCCCCCAGCACUUCUCCAGAUGAAAUUCCCAAAUCACCGGCAGCUUCUGAAAAUGGCAGGCCCUGGGCUUGUCGUUCACAGCCGCCCUUGGCCCGUUGUGUCCCAGAGUCUCUGCUACUAGUGCCCAUAGGCUGGGCUGUGUGGGCGGAGCCAGCCCAGUCAUAGCCCCUCCAUGGGAUACUGGUACAUAGAGGAGAGGAGCUGUGAGGUCAGUUUGACGUGUGUGUAACAAACCCAACCCCUCCGCAGCCAGGUCAGGGACUCCAGAGCCAGACCUUGCCUGGGUUGCCUCCAUCCUUUUGUUCCACUGUCAGGGUCAGCCCCAGAAUUCUCGUGCCCACCCUGCACCCUCCACCAAGUGACAGCUCUGCAGGGCUGAAGUGCUACUUAGCUUAAAGAGUUUUUGCGAUGUCAUUUUUCUAAUCUUUAUUUACUUUAUGAUUAUUAUUAUUUUACUUCCUGACCAAAAUUAGGAAGCGGGGUCAGGCCUUUGUAUCCAGCACUCGCCCAAAGACAAACGGGUCAGCCAUGUCCAUAGAUUGUCUUAUGGCUCCUUAGUGCGGUUUCAUUCCUUUUCUUUUUUUCUUUCUUAUUUUCACGCUCGCGCUCUAAAGCUUUUAAAGAUGGGGCUUGGAUUUGGAUUUGGAUUUGACCUUGAUGCUCACCCGUUGAAACUUAUCAUUUUUUAUUUGUCUGUUUUUACUAUAUCAUCCUCAUUUUAUAUAUCUUAUAUAUAAUAUAUUAUAUAUAUUACUAUAUAUAUAUGUGUGUACAUAUAUAUAUAUAUAUCUGUGUGCGGCAUAUCAGUGUAGAUACCCAUCCAGUAGCAUUUAGGCCUUGAUAUUGUACCAUUUUUCUGUUACCGAUCUCUGAAUGCCUUCAAGUGUAUAAAGUGUUGAAUUAUCUCUGGUAUCUGUACUAUGUACACACAUUUUCAUAGGAAGCACAAUAAGAUGACAAAUGCAUUGUAUAUCAAUACCUGCUACUCUUAACAAUGAUAUAAAGGAUACUA